UUAUCUUUGUUGAUGAAAUGAAAUUAGGGUCUUUUUUGCAAACUGUUGAAGAUCUAUUGAUUUUAAAUUGUCAUAAGACCGCUAUAAUGUGUUAUUUUGCUGUGAAAAGAAAAUAACAGAACGCCAAUGCUUUUUAUAUGAAAUGCAGUUAUAUUUUAUUUUAUUUACAGGUCAACACAAGUAAAAGGCUUUUUAUCCUGUGUUCAUGACACAUACAGAGAAAGAUUACAGAAAGGAUUGAUACCCUGUGUAUUUAAUUAUCCUGACCAUUUACAUGGUGGCUCAAAAUGUGGAAAUGGUUUUAUCGAGAGAGGAGAAUCAUGUGACUGUGGAACACCUGAAGAAUGUAAGGCGUCUGGAGCAGAUGCAUGCUGUUCACCAAAACAGCACAAUGUGCAACUGGACCCUGUUGUGACAAAUGCAAGUUUAAAGCUCAAGGGAAACUUUGUCGGGAUAAACUUGACAAAGAUUGUGAUUUACCAGAAUAUUGUACUGGCAAAUCUAGCGAGUGUCCAAGAAAUUUUUAUGUAAAGGAUGGUGUUUCUUGUCAUGGCAAUAAGGCAUAUUGCUUUAGAGGUUCGUGCAAAAGCCAUGAUACACAAUGUCAAAUAUUAUGGGGACCAAAUGCUGUGAAAGCUCACAAUGUUUGUUUCACACAGAAUGAAAAAUCUGCGAAUGAGUGGGGAAAUUGUGGAAAAAAUAACCGUGGUGAAUUUAUACCAUGUGCAAAAGCAGAUAUAUUAUGUGGCGAAAUUCAAUGUGCUGGAAAGUCAAAUGAUCGCCCAUUACCUACGUUUCCAGUUAUCGGAAGUAAUCGCAAGCGAAAUAAAAUUAUUUACACCUACCGUCAAAAGAUCAUUCAAUGUGUAAUGGGCGUGACAUCAUUAGGAGAUGAUUUGUUUAAUCCAACGUUAACUCCUGAUGGCAUAAAAUGCGGAGACAAUGCAAUUUGCAUGGACCAGAAAUGUGUAAAUAUAUCGUCUCUCACACAUAUUAAAAAUUGUCGAAAGGAUACUUGUCUCAAUGGUGGGAUAAAAUAUGGAAAAAUGUGUCACCAGAUGGAUUUCCACAUGCAAAACCACAUUUCAUGUCCAUUGUGCAAACAGUAAUAGCAGAUAAAACGCUCCAUUUCACACAUGCUUGGCCAUUCAGAUUGUCACAUGUUUUGUUUUUUGAAACUAUAUAUAAUUGUCUAAUCCUUAAUUGUUAUCAACCGUCAUUAUAUGUACUAAUUACCCCCAGGUUAAGAUUUCUUUGAUCAAAAUUGCUUUGCUCUUCUAUUUAAAUACUGAUUUCUUAAUUUAAUACUUUAGAUUAAAAACAUUUCUUUUCAAAUUGUCAAGUAUUUGCAGUUGUAUCCACAUCAAAGAGUAAUUGCAAUUCCCUUGGUAUUUUUUUAUUUAAUAGGUAAAGAGUCAGCCUCCUCGCGAGAGAGUAGCAUUUUAGGAGACAUUAUAGUAGUAGCUAUCGGAUGUAUCUUAAGUAGACUGCAUCAUAUUAUGUCCGAUGUACAAUAUAAAAAUUUAUAUUUGCGAUUCUCUUUGUUGAUAUUCUCAGGAUCUGUUUCAUGAUUUUAUAUAAGUCUGUUUUUAGUGACGUGUUUUUUAUAAUUAAGUAUUUUUAUUUCUUGCUUUUAUUUUUUAAGCAGAUUUUUUGAUUUACUUUUAUGUGUGUUUUAAUCAUUUAUGGUUUCGAUUAGUUUUUAAAUAUGUUUUUUUGGUUUACAUUGCUUGAACGUGUGAAUGAUAUUUCGUCUGUUACUAGGUGAACAUCAAACUUUGUGCUAAUUAAUGAUAAUUUUAAUGGUAUUAAAUUAUAUUUGAAAACUAUUUUUAAUAUUUCUUUGCAUUUUUAUUUACCACCUAAUAGCUGUGCCGGUUACAAUGUGUAGUAUUUUUAUAUUCUAUCUAUGCUUGUUCAUCUUUUUACAUAACUUUUUGAUGCAGUUUAUUUUAUGUAAUAUAUUUGUUUGUUUUUUAAAAAAUGUGAUUUCGAAAAUUAAAAGAACUUAUAAAAAGUAUAUAAAAUUAUCAGAUAGAAGUAUAUAUCAUCAAUAAUAACUUGUUACUACUUUUGAUAAUCAUAUAGCGAAUGCUUUUAAAAGUAUGUAGCGAAAAUACAAAUUAUCUUUUGAACUCAGGUCCAAAAAGUUAAUCUUUGAAAUACAUCAGCACAAAUUGAGGGUUUGUCCCGAAUUUCGUUAACUUCAGACAUAGUUCUGCACAGAAUUUAUUUGAUAAUGUUUUUUGUUUGUUUGCAGAAUAAAGACAACUUAUAGCUAGAACAGACGAAUUAUAGAAUUAAUUUAAUUUUUAAGACUGGUGAAUAAUCCUGAACGUUAUAUAGAUCCUUCAUAAAGGUUUUUUGUGCUGAACAGAAGUGAAUAUCAGACAUAUAACAUUCCUAAAUUGUUCAUGAUGAGUGUUUAAUUGCUACUCAAAAAAUAAUAAAUAGGGGAAUAUAACAUUUUCACAGAGUAAUGUCAUUACGUAUAGUUUUUGUUCCUUUAUAUUUGUUAUUUAUGCAGUAAUGUUUUGUUUACUAAGUUCAAAUCAAUGUCUGUGUACAUGUUUAAAAUGUGAUUUAUUGAUAAUCGAUUGCUGAUAUAUGGAUAUACAUAUUUAUAAAUUUUUAAAUGUGAUGCUUCAGGAUAAAAAAUUAUUAAGGCACUGAAAUGCGUUCAGAUAGAUUUAAAAUUGUAAAAGACUGUGGGAAAAAAGAGUUUGGCUGA